CUUCUUCCGUUCUGCUUCAGGCGCGGAAGUGGUUGUCUUGGUUACGGGGCCUAACGGUCCCUGACUCUGAGAGCCCUUGCUGGGGGGCUGCAACCUGAACUGCAGACUGGAGACGCUGUCGCCUCCUCCAAGUGGCGGCGGUGGCGGUUGUUGAAGCUUUCGACGUGGAAUAAUUGAAGCUUUCGAGGUUGAAAUUGAAUUUCAGAGACGAAAACUGACGCAUAAUAAUAAAGAUGUCUCGAAAAAUUCCUAAGGAGUCAAAAAAAGUGAACAUCUCUAGUUCUUUGGAAUCUGAAGACAUUAGUUUAGAAACGACAGUACCUACAGAUGAUAUUUCCUCAUCAGAAGAGAGAGACGGUAAAAUAAAAAUCACUAGGCAGCUAAUUGAACGGAAGGAGUUACUUCAUGAUAUUCAGUUGUUGAAAAUAGAACUAUCCCAGAAAAAUAUGAUGAUCGACAAUUUGAAAAUGGAUUAUCUUACAAAGAUUGAAGAAUUGGAAGAGAAACUCAAUGAUGCACUUCACCAGAAGCAGCUGCUAACAUUGAGAUUAGACAACCAAUUGACUUUUCAGCAGAAGGAUGCCAGAAAAUAUCAAGAACUAUUGAAACAAGAAAUGGAAACUAUCUUAUUGAGACAGAAACAACUAGAAGAGACAAAUCUUCAGCUAAGAGAGAAGGCUGGAGAUAUUCGUCGAAAUUUGCGUGACUUCGAGUUGGCAGAAGAGCAAUAUAUGAAACUAAAAGCUUUCCCUGAAGAUCAGCUUUCUAUUCCUGAAUAUGUAUCUAUUCGGUUCUAUGAACUAGUGACUCCAUUAAGAAAGGAAAUCUGUGAACUACAAGUGAAAAAGAAUGACCUAGCAGAAGAACUAAGUGCAAACAAACGCCAACUGAAGCAACUGACAGAGACAUAUGAAGAAGAGCGAAGAAUCUGCUCCGAGCUUCAAAAUAGAUGUCAACGUUUGGCCUUAGAAUUAGCAGACACAAAGCAAUUAAUUCAGCAAGGUGAUUACCGUCAAGAGAACUAUGAUAAAGUCAAGAGUGAGCGUGAUGCAGUGGAACAAGAAGCAGCUGAGCUUAGGAGAAAACAUGAAAUACUUGAAGCCUCUCACAAAGCUCAAGUUAAAGAAAGAAGUGAAUUAUCGAAAGAGGUAGCCACCUUACAGCAGACUGUUACUUUAUUGCAAAAAGAUAAAGAAUAUCUAAAUCGCCAAAACAUGGAACUUAGUGUUCGUUGUGCCCAUGAGGAGGAUCGCCUUGAAAGACUGCAAGCUCAACUUGAAGAAGCCAAAAAGUCUAGAGAAGAGAUGUAUGAAAAAUACGUAACAUCCAGGGAUCAUUAUAAAACAGAAUAUGAAAAUAAACUGCGUGAUGAACUGGAACAAAUAAGAUUGAAAACUAAUCAAGAGAUUGAUCAGCUUCGAAGUGCCUCUAGGGAAAUGUAUGAACGGGAAAACAGAAAUCUGCGAGAAGCAAGAGAUAAUGCAGUGGCAGAAAAGGACCGAGCAGUGAUGGCUGAGAAGGAUGCUUUAGAAAAACAUGAUCAGCUCUUAGCCAGAUACAGAGAACUACAACUUAAUGAGGAAAGCAAAGUGACAGAAUUUCUCCAUCAAAGUAAAUUAAAAUCUUUUGAGUGUGAGCGUGUUCAACUUCUACAAGAAGAAACUGCAAGAAAUCUCACACAGUGUCAGUUGGAGUGUGAAAAAUACCAGAAAAAAUUGGAGGUUUUAACUAAAGAAUUUUAUAGUCUCCAAGCCUCUUCUGAAAAACGCAUUACUGAACUUCAAGCACAGAACUCUGAGCAUCAGGCAAGGCUAGAUAUUUAUGAGAAACUGGAAAAAGAGCUUGAUGAGAUAAUAAUGCAAACUGCAGAAAUUGAAAAUGAAGAUGAGGCUGAAAGGAUCCUGUUUUCCUAUGGCUAUGGUGCUAAUGUUCCCACAACAGCCAAAAGACGACUAAAGCAAAGUGUCCACUUGGCAAGAAGAGUGCUUCAGUUAGAAAAACAAAACUCGCUAAUUUUAAAAGACCUGGAACAUCAAAAGGACCAAGGAACACAGCUUUCGCAAGAGCUUGACAGGGCCAAUUCGCUAUUAAACCAAGCACAGCAGCCUUACAGAUAUCUUAUUGAAUCAGUGCGUCAGAGAGAUUCCAAGAUUGAUUCACUAAAGGAGUGUAUUGCACAACUGGAGAAAGAUGUCAGCAAUUUAAAUAAAGAAAAGUCAGCAUUACUACAGAUGAAGAAUCAAAUGGCAUUAGAUUUGGAACAGCUUCUAAAUCAUCGUGAGGAAUUAGCAGCAAUGAAACAGAUUCUUGUUAAUAUGCAUACUAAGCAUCAUGAGGGCAGCUUACUUCUUACUAAAAAGGAUUCAAAAACCGUGACAGAAAAUCAGAAAUCACAGACUUUGGAUGUGCCUAAAGAACAUGAAGACAAUAUAUUCAUACCUAAACCAACACUCUUUACCAAAAAAGAAGCACCUGAAUGGUCUAAGAAAGUAAAGAUGAAGACCUAGAAUUUUGGACGUAUUUGCAAUGUCUUUGUUUACUCUGAAUUUCUUUUUCUGAUGGAAAAAAGCUUAUCUUAAUCAUGUACCUGACUUUUUUUAAAUAACUAAUUUAGAAGUUUAAUGUUAAAUUAGCAUAUUUUGACAAUAAUUAAAAUAUACAAAAUACAAAAGGUAGUAUACUUUCUAUUUGGUUUUGUCUAUUUUUUGAUACAGAAUAAAUCAAUUAUACUGUAUUUAUGAUUUACAUUUUGGAGCUUUCCUAAUUGUUACAUUGUACACAGUACAUUUUAAAGUGUCUGGCUUAUAAAUAUGUAGUUAGAUAUGUAUUUUCUAGACUAUAUAAAUUAAAAAUUUUAAAUGUCAUAAAACAAAUACUAAGAUGUUUUACGUUUUAAAAAAUUAAGAAUCAUUUGUGAACUGACUAGAAGUCAUCUCAAGUAUCUAAUAAUGGUGGUCAGAUACCAUAUUGAUGGAUAUGGAUUGGUCAUUCUUUCUCUGGGCUCUGUUUUUCCUUAUAUUUUAUAUUAUUAUUCACCAAUAAAAUUUGGUAGAAAGUCUGCUAUCCCAUUGGUCAACUAAAAAUCUGGCAGAAAGUCUGUUGUUAAAUCGGUCAAAAUAAUGCUGGUCCAGAUGCAGAAUGGAUAAAAUUUCUUGUCAUUAGAUGUGUUCCCUUUCUUAUUUAAGUUCCAUAAUUUUAAAAAGAGAGAGAGGGAGGAAGGAAGAUUGUGACUCUGUGUGUGUGUUUGUUUAUGUAUUUUUUAACCUGAUAUAUAUUCUCAACCUUGACACUAUUGACAUUUUAGGUCAGAUGAUUCUUUGUUCGGUGAGGGGUAGGGAGUGCAUGGGAUGGGAGGCAGUCCUGUGCAUUGUAGGAUUUUUAGCAGCAUCCUGGCCAUUCACCACCAGAUGCCAGUAGCAAACCAACCGUCGCCAUUUGUGACAAGCAAAAAAUGUCUCCUGUCCCCCAAGUGGCAAACCACC